AUGACCGUGUCAUUGACGUCCAAACGCGCUACGUUGAUGAGUAUCACAUCGCUCGCCGCCCCCCUCGGCGCGCUCAGCAUCAUCCUCACGCCGUGGGGGCAGACGACGGCCAAGUCGCUCCUCGUCGAGCCCAUUCGUAUCAAUCCGCCCGUCUGGCUUCGACUGCUUCUGGGACUGAUUGUCAUCACCAACAUUCGAUCGACACCCUUCGCUUGGCAUAUCCGCGUCUUGUAUCCUGCCAUCAAAGCCGUCGUUCGCAGCCGAUCCUAUUGGUCCUCUCGCUCCUCUUCUGCCCUCACUCACGCUUCGAUCACACCUCAGCUGAAGCUCUCUUGCCUCCCGCUCGGCCGUGACAUCUUCUCCGACACGUCUUCGUAUACUUUUACUGCCACGCUUGACGAAUGCGAUUGGAACGGCCACCUCUCCAACUCCUCGUACAGUAAAUCGCUCGACUUUACUCGAAUGGCACACAACUCGGCACGCUUCCUGAAGAUGUACUACGACGGAGGGUGGGUCGCUCUCGGUGGAUCGGCGUUCAACUUCCAUCGCGAGAUCCCGCUUCUUGCCAAAUACAAGGUGAGGAUGAGUUUUGAAUCGUGGGACGACAAGUGGCUGUACGUCGUCGGUCGAUUUGUCUCGGUCAACAGAUCAUCCUCUAGCCCCAAAGAGACAAGCUCAGCGACGGAAAAAUUGGAACAAGGCGAGACGCUGUACUGCACUUCAAUCUCGAGGUACGUCUGUAAAGCAGGUCGACGUACCAUCCCACCGUGGUUGGUGAUCGCUACUUCUGGAUACGGCACUCGACCCGAGACGCGCUCCAACUGGGAAAAAGCAGAGCUACUGCGGGUCAGCUAUCUCGAAAAGGAACGUCAAGCGUACAGAGCCAAGACGGGCAAACACACCAUCUCGAAAAAGGCCGAUGCAAAACUCGUUAAGAAAGCAGCUCUGCUGCGUCAAUUUAGAACAGAAUCCGAACGAAAGGGGACACAAGAUGAAGCGUGGAUGUCCAAGAGCUACUGGGGCUUGGACGAGUGGGAGACGAGACGAAAGGAGGGUUUUGAAAGGCUAAGUGUCAGCGUAGGUACUCUUCCCGCAGUGGAAAAAUCGUGA